AUGGACAAUUCUUCAAUCCAUCACGAUGAUGUCCCCGGUACAGUUCGUCUCAUUGAUGUCAAUGGGAUGAACUCAAGCGGACCUCAUGACUCCCAACACAAAGACAUUGUCCUCGUUCCACGACCAAGCUCCGACCCCGAAGAUCCUCUCAACUGGUCAUAUCAUCGAAAGCUCCUCGCUGUCAGUAUGGCAUACCUCUAUGUCCUCGGAACGGGCAUCGCAACAUCCCUCCAAUACUCUGUUCUGGCAGACAUCACCAAAGACACCGGCAUUUCCACUGCCAAUCUUGUUCAAGGAACAGGCGUCAUGUUUCUGUUCUUUGGAUGGGCUUGUCUGAUUUGGCAACCGAUUGCCCUCACUUACGGACGACGCGGUGUCUAUCUUUUGACGAUGCUUCUUACUAUUCCCAUCAUGACCUGGACUGCUUACUCUUCGUCAGCUGGAGUCUGGUUUGCCCACAGAGUCUUGAUUGGUAUUGUUGUAUCACCCAUUGAGUCCUUGUGCGAAGUCACCGUGUUCGACCUCUUCUUCGCACACAACCGCGGAACAUACAUGGGUCUCUACGUUGCAAUUCUGUUUGGGUCCAAUUUUCUCGCUCCUCUUGUUGCGGGCUGGUUCAAUGACGCAUACGGGUGGAGAUGGACGAUGCACUUUGGUGCUAUCAUCUGUGCUGUAUGCUUUAUCAUUAUGUUCUUUUUCAUGGAAGAGACGAUGUACUUUCGUGGAACGUCGAUUGAGAGUCAAGUCGUUGAAGACAAUACCCACACUGAACCGAUGAAGACCAAGAUGAACGGGGAUGAAAAGUCCCGGGACGUUGGAACUGAUUCUCAGAAUGGGUCUCAACCAUCUACAACUCCUGCUACCACGAAGCACAGUAUCAACUCUGGCUGGGGAAAGUACACAUGGUUCAAAGUCUUGCCCGGGAGACCUAGCAACAUUGAUAUGUUGCGCAUGGUCUAUCGUCCUGUUUUGAUGAUCUUUCACUUCCCCACCGUCGCAUGGGCUGGUUUCCUUUAUGGGAUCAACCUCGCCUGGUACAAUGUUCUGAACGGCACAGCGAGUCCUGUGCUGUCAAGCAAACCCUACAAUUGGUCAGCUGCAUUGGUUGGCUGUGUAUACGCUGGACCUAUUAUUGGUGCAGCCAUUGCCUGCCUCUGGGUUGGCAAGGCAGCAGAUUGGAUUGCGCUUUGGCUUGCCAGACGAAAUGGUGGAAUCAGGGAGCCCGAACAACGUCUUUGGGUGUUACUUGUCUCUGGUAUCAUCUCAUCCGCCGGCCUCAUUGUCUGGGGCGUCGGCGCAUACUACCAGGUCCAUUGGGUAGGCCUUGUCUUUGGACUUGGUAUGUUGACAGUUGGUUGCGUUGCAGGAGGAGCAAUCGCCGUCAGUUACAACGUGGACUGUUUCAAGGAAAUUGCCGGUGAGACGACAGUCUCCAUUAUGCUGAUUCGCAAUACCAUUGGCUUUGGCUUUAGCUAUGCUAUCACGCCUUGGUGGACAUCGCAGGGACUGAAGAACUGCUUUAUCACUGCAGCAAUGAUCUCUCUCGCUUGUACGUUUACGUUUCUUAUUAUGAUCGCGUACGGAAAGCGACUCAGACGAUGGUCUAUCCCGGCCUAUCGCAGGUAUAUGUCUACCAUGGCUGUUGCACACGAUUGA